AGAGCCCCUGCGUGAGUGUGGUGUACGCUACGAGAGGCACAGGCUAGUACCAGCACAGUCGCCCUGUCGUCCAGCAUUUGUCCGAAAUAGCACGGCCUCGGCACAGGAGUAUUAAAGAUGGAGUUUGAGUUCCAGCAAGCCCGGCGAAGAUCCUCAUCUUCUACUGGGAGAGGACAAGAAAACCAACGAGACCUCCCGGAUGAAGAUCGUGAACAACAUCGAAACCAGCAAGACAACUUCGGCGCAGGAGGAGGAGCUAGAAGUUCUUCCCGGCAAAUAAACAAAAGUCCCAAAAAAAGGCGGAAAGAACACGAUAGAGUGAAAGACCCCGCCAUGUCGUCCACUGCUCGAAAGUACUAUGCUAGAAGUACAGAAUAUCGUACGAAAAAACUGUUUCACUGUAAGGAUUUUGCAGGUUUUGCAUCACAAGUUUGUUUACACAUGGCGCAAAAAUUUGUCAUGCGCACUUCCCAAGGGAAAACACCCUUAAAAAUCCAAUGCCUUGCAUGUGUAGCAAGACAAAUAGUUUUGUGUUCCAUUCCAUGCAUCACAAGUUCAAUCAGUGAAACAGUUUUCUCUUGCGAUACGGAACCCAUGCAGCAGGUGGACGUCGAGUCAGACGAGGACUUAUCCUGUGCAAAAGCAUCGUACUCGUAUUGCAAUCACGCCUUACAAAUCUUUCUCUUAAGGUAAAUCCCCAUUACAAAUUUUAUUUCUCAUGCUGAGGAAAUUUGUAUAUGCAUUUAUACGAGCACGAUACUUUUACUUUUGCAGUUCAUAGGACUUCUACGGUCACAACUUCUCCCGUGCGGCGAUACACGCUGCUAGUAGUUUUGGGGACAACAGUAAUAGCUCAUCUUAUCAACAACAACAGCACAACCUGUCACAGCACGAUUUUCGCCAUCACCAGAAGCAGCUCCGCCGGGCGCAAACCGCCGGGCCGCGGCGGCCGGUGCAUCAAAAUAUCAAAAGGAAAAAUCCCCCCUCGUCCCCAUAUCGAAAAGGAAAUCUGUGAUGCUGGAUUUGCGUACACAAAUCAGAUUUGUCUUGCAGUAGAGGACUGCAGGCAGAUGCAAAGCCUGGAGAGGGGUCUGGUGGUGUAGGCGCCUGGCAUGGUAGACGGCUGUCCUUUAGUCCUUACAGCAUUACAGAUCGCCUGCGUAGCGUGGCAGAGAGCCUGGCUUUGCCUUCUCGCAAGACAGACAGGCUUUGUGGCCACAAAUCUGCAUCACAAAUUUUCAAAAGGAUGCCUUUUCAACAUGGGGAGGGGGGAUUAUUCCUUGCUAUACAAAAUCCUCCGCCCCCACAGUUUCCUCCAGUCCCCGCACCCCCGGAAUUGAACCCGAGAAACCGACUAUGCAUUGCAAAUAUGUGGGGGUAUGGCAGGAUGUAAACUUGUGAUGCUGCAUUUGCAUACUUAAAAAAGUCUGUAUUGCAUGAACAGCAAUAGAGGUUCACAUUUUGCCGCGGCGAGAGGGUAUUUCUCAUGCGGCAUAGGCGUCAGGAAGCCCUCGCAAAAUCUGUGAUGCUAGGGAAUGCAUCACAGACGUCAGGAAUCAUGCAAAACAUGCUUGACAAACCUUGCACCCUUCCAGACGUCCAGAGAUAUUUGCAUUGGAUACCGACCCGCGAGACCGAAUUUCUCCAGUUCGCAAGACUACCGGGCAAAGUUAAAUUCCAGGUCGAACAGUAAUUCUGGGGGAGGGGGAGGAAAUAGUGAAAACAGAAGGAGAAGUAUGCAAGGAAAAAUAAACUGUGUAAGUGUAUUGAAUCUGUGAUGCAAAAAAUGCAAAGCAGUUACACUUGUCAUGCCGGCCGACACCCAUGAAGUCCUCUUUUCAUGUGUGUUAGUGUUUUCACGUCCUAGCAUUGCAUGACAGGCUUUCAUCUCUCUCGUGCAGAGCAAAUUUGUAUAUGUUGGCACCGCAAGAGACCUACACCAACACAGUUUUUUCCCUGGAUAAGAAGUUCUCGUAGAAGCAGUCAGAAUAAUUAUCACGUCUGGGACGACGGUAGGCACUGGACAGAAAAUGACACGGAUCCGGGUGGAGAAAUAAAGGAUCACGGUACGAACGGGAUAAACAAUGCUUCAAAUAACGGCAGUAACGGUGGCGGCACAAACAACAACACAACAAAUGGUGGAGCAGCAGCAGCUGCUGCAACUGGCGAUCUUCACCAACAAAAGCAGAAUCACCAAAAUGGCAGCAAUAACGGCAGUUCGGAUAAAGACAACUCCAACCCUGUAUCUGGUGGCAAUGAUCCUCCAGAUAACAACUCUUCCACCGCGAUAUCAAAUGUAAAAAUGUCUGGGUCUGGAAUCUUGUGAUGCUAAAAUGUGCAUGGUGAAAACGCUUCCGAAUGCAGUUCGGCAUGACAACUUCCCAAAACGCUUUCUCAUAGGAAAUCCGCAUGAGAAGCUGCGUUUUUGCAUUACAAAAGAGGCUGCGACUUUUCUUGUUUAUGCAAUACAGAUUUUCUAGGUAUGGAAAGCUAGCAUUACAAGUUCCAACCUUCCAGACCCAGACACUUUUACAAUCCAUACGCGAAAGAAGGCGGUUCGCAAACCGGAUCGCAGCCGGUCCCCUUGUAUCAAAUGUAAAUAUGUCUGGGUCUGGAAACUUGAGAUGUAAGUCAGUCAAUACCAGACGCACUGUAAUGCGCCGCCAAGCAUGACAAGUUGCUUCGCGCUUCUGUGCUGCGUACUCACUCCGCAUGAGAAACUGCGUUUUUGCAUGACAGGUAAGCGGAGCUCUUCGCGGCCACGCAAUACGGAGUUCAGAGACAUGCCAGACUAGCAUGACAAAUCUCGCAAUUUCCCAGACAUCCAGGGAUAUUUGCACUUGAUACCUUGGAUGAGAGAACAGGAACGCGGGAAAGUGAGUCAGCAGCAGGAACAACUACACAGCAGCAGCCUAUCAAAGUGAAAAAAUACCCCACCCCAUAUUCAAAAGACAAUUUGUGUUGCUGGAUUUGCGCACACAAAUGAGCUUUGUAUUGCGCCAAGAGCUUGUCGGCAUAUUCUAAAGUCCAUUUGGGUACUACGCAUCCGGCUAGCAGCGGAGCAUGAGAAACAAGUCUGAAAUAGGCGGAAACGCAUGACAGACUCGCUGCGCAAUGCGUCACAUGGGAGUCGUUUGCUUUGUACGCAAGACAAAGCUGAUUUGUGGUCACAAAUCAGCAUCACAAAUUCCCUUUUCGAUAUAAGGAGGGGGAGUUUUUCCUUACGAUACAGCCGCCGCAAAGGCCCCAAUCUUCCAAACUGUUCCGGUUCCUCCCCAAUUUUAGCCGGCCAGGUUCCGCGAAAGUAAACCCCGCGCUAGAGGUAUCGUGAGAACAAAGUGUUACAGUUACACAUUGUGUUCUUGCAGGAGCCGCAAGACAGACAGCUUUUGCCAUGCAAGAAAUGCUUGCGAACUUCAUUUCGUAUUCGUACGUGUUUUCCCUUGGGAUCUCUGCAUUGCAAGGUUUCUCUGCCACACAGAGAAUAAGUAUUUGUGUUGCUGAAGUUACAACAAAUGUGUAACUGUAACACUUUUUUCUUGUGAUAAGAGGGGGUGGAACUACGAGUGAACGGUACGAAUCUGCAGCAAAAGGGGGGCAGUAGUAGCUCCACCGCGAAAGGUGGAUCACGUGGUACUUCUAGCGGGGUGAAUGGACGAAAGGUGAUCGAUCUCACCACAGACGAUGAUGAAAACGGAAAAGAAGUCGAGGACGUCGUUGACCUGGGGGAGGAUUUGAUAUCAACAGCAAAUUUCGACGGCCAGUACCAGUACAGAUACAAACUCAACAAAUUGUGCUUCUGUAAAUGACAAAAGUUAUCGUUAUCUCCAUGGAGCAUGACUGCAACCGGCAUGCUUUAGGUCGACGUUGGGGAAAUUUGUGAUGCAUUUAUUUUUUACGUGAACAAGAACCACAACGUGUGCGGUAAAUGUAAAUUUGUAUUGCAUAGGACGAGGAGGAGGACGAGGAUGAUAUCAUUUGUAAAAACGUCCUCACCCCAUAGUUGUCGUGCAAAUCUGCAUGCUCAAAAUAUUUCUCAUGCGGAAGCGGAACCUCAUGACACGCAUUUUCUAGUCGUGGUUUGUGAUUUGUAAUGCUGCAAUCAGCACAAUAGGCUAGAUCUGUGAUGCUUCUCCACAAGCUAAACAGGAUUACACUACGAGGCCAAACUUGUCAUGCGCAACAGCCAAGCCUUGUGGAUUUGUCUAGCAGAUUUCCCAUCUUGACUCUGGUGUGGGGACGUUUUUACAAAUGAUAGAUGACCCGUCAAGAUUAACUUCCCGCAAAGCGAGUAGCAAAGACAAAGAUCCGAAAUUCGCUUUCCGGAAAGCGGAAUCGAGAAUAUGCAUUGCAAAUAUGUCUGGGUCUGGAAGAAUGCGCGAUUUGUCAUGCUAGUCUGGCAUGACUCUGCACUUUGUAUUGCGUGGCCGCGAAGAGCUCCUUCUCCCUGUCAUGCAAAAACGCCGUUUCUCAUGCGGAAUACGCAACUCAGAACCAACAUGAAAAAAACUUGUCAUGCUUGGCAGCGCAUUGCAGUGAGCUGACUAUUCCCUUCCCUGCGUCGCAAGUUUCCAGACCCAGACAUAUUUGCAAUGCACAGAGAAUGGAUUUGGACGAUAUCCUCCGCGGGGAGGAGAAGCGGAAAAAGCGAGAUGCGUUUAUCAAACGCAAAUUAUCGAUCAUCUGCGUCGUCGGGAAAAUAAAAAAUGCACACGAAUUCUUCGAUCCUGCUGAGCUUCGCAUAAGAUGAAUAUGCGGCUGUCUGUACGGCAGGAGAAAGCAUGACAAGUUUAUUUCUAAUAUUGCGAAUUCAACCGUAAGAAUACUAUUAAAUUUCGUGUGACAAUAAAGAACUGUCUUUCAAGCGCCAAUCAUGAUGCCCUUGAUCAGCAAUACAGAUCUCUGCCGCAUGCGGAAAUUUAUUCGCAUGACAAAUCUAGACUAGACCCGGAUGUAUUUGCAUUUUUGCAUAGCCUUGAAGAUGGUACAGCGGGGGAUCAUAUGGAUUGCAAAUAUGUCUGGGUCUGGAUGGAUGCGAACUUGUGAUGCUACCUUUGGACUCUACAUAAAACCUGUCUUGCAUGAACAGCAAAAGAGGUGCAAUUUGUGCUACGCGGAGAGGGCAUUUCUCAUGCGGUAUGAACAUCAGAAGGCCCCCGCACCAGAAUCUCUGAUGCUAGGGUCAAUGCAUCACAGACCUCAUGGGUCAUGGAAAAUCUGCAUGACAAACUUCUGCAUUCUUCCAGAGGACCCAGACAUAUUUACAAUCCAUAGAUCAGGGAAGAUGUAGAAGAAGAAAUGGAUGCGGACAGGACGGACGGGGUGGAAGGUAUAUGUACCUGCUGCUUCAUUUUUUGUCAUGCACAGAGCUGCAUGAAUAGCUGAAUGCGGGAAACGAAUUCUGCAUGACAGAUUUAUCAAUGCAAAAAAAAGAACUACAGACAUCGCCGAGCUGCACCGUGGCGGGACGUUAGAGUUCUUAUCCAAGAAAAAAACUGUGUGAGUGUAGGUGUCAUGGGGUGACAGCAUGAGAAACUUGUUCUACAUGACACAGAAUCCUGUCAUGCACAGCUAGCAACUGAAAACACGUAUGAAAAGAGAGCAUGAUGGGUGGCCAGCAUGACAAGUGUAACUGUGUAGCGCGCUUUGCAUGACAGACUUACACUUACACAUUUUUUUUCUUGCAUAGUUCUCCAACGUGACCGACAAAUUAGAAGGCGAAAGGACUCGGUAUGGCCUGCUCAAGCGUGACAAUCUCAAACGGUGCGAAUAGAAUCUGGAUUUUGUCAUCUUGCAUGAUGAGCAUGACAGACUCACACAGCUGCGUUCCACUUUCUGCAAUACAUCAAAUUUCGACAGAUAAUUCUACUGCGGUUUGGGACCACUCCGAAACUUGUCAUGCGCAUCAAUCCUGUGCGAGUACUCUAGAUCAUGCAGUUCUUGCAUCACAGAUUCCCAUAUUCUAUGGUAACCGAUUUGAGAUUGUAACACCUGAGCAGGUUACACGCGGUCGGGUUUGGAUAUCAAUGCGAUUAUGAUGCGGUCAAAACGGGUACCAAAUGCAAAUAUGUCUGGGUCUGGAAGGUUGCUGAGGUUUGUGAUGCUGUGUCUGCUUGACACAGAAGGUGUGCCAUGCAAGGCCAUGCAAGGUUUUGAGACGGUUUCCCAAUGCCUAAUCCGCAUGACAAAAACCUUCUGUCGGCGACAGGAAAAGGAGGUCCUUUUGCUGUCCAAGCAUGACAUAUUUUUGUGUGAUCUAAGUAUGUAUCACAAGUUCGCAUCCUUUGCCUUUCAGACGCAGACACUUUUGCACUCGAUAACGGGGAUCGCAGAACGAUCUAACCGCGGACUCAGUCACCGCGCUCGGCCGGUCGGAUCUGGCCGGGGUAAUGGAGGAUAAGAAGAAAGUGGACAUUGUGCCGUUGCAGGACGUGGAUCCAGAUGCGGUCGCGGCAAGGUAGUAAAUCAGUACAUAUUUACUUUCUUCACCGAUCAAUAUCAGGUUUUUCUUUUUUCUUGGCAGUGCUGGUCCAUGCAUGACAAGCGGCGCAGCCGCAGGUGUAGUAAGUAGCUAGUUCCUUCCCUAACUGUGCAAUACAAAAUUUUAGGUGGCAUUUCCGUCGCUUCUGCUUCCACUUUGUGACCAAGGUGAAGAUAUCCACUGCAAACAUGUCUGGGUCUAGAAGGGUUGGCAUUUUGCAUGACGCGUGAGGUUUGUGAUGCUGGUGCUAGCAUCACAGAUUUUUUGACAGCUUCGUUUUUGCUAAUUACGCAUGAGAAAUGCCCUCGCCGCAUGCCAAGAACAGGACUCCUCUUGCUGCUCAUGCAACACAGAUGUUUUUAGAAUCCGCAGACAGCACUACAAGUUCCACUGUUCCAGACCCAGACAUAUUUGCAGUUCAUAGCAGAGGGAAUUCGCCGGUCUGGACAAUCUAGCGGAGGUUUCGAAUGAUGAGCUUUAUCCUGUGCAAAAGCAUCUUCGCAUGCAAACUUUGCAUCAAAGACUGCUUGACAAAUUCUGCUUUGGAAUUUCUUGUCCAGCAUGACAACUUUCUAGGAAAAUGAAUUUGUCAUGCGUGUAGUAAGGCACGCGCACCACGCAGGAUGCUUUUGCCGUGCAUAAAAUGCUAUCGCAACUGAUGUUCAUGGGCGAUGAUGGCGGGCGCGGGGAGGAUGUUGGGCCACAAUACAACGAAGUAGCCAAUCACUCCCACUGGACCUACAGAAGGAACUUCAACAGGUAUGAUGUCAUUGGAGAAAGGACGUUCUACUUGCAGAAGUAUUUAUUUGCGCAUGGCAAAAUCUUUUCUGUCGCUGUGAGCAGCAUGAGAAACUCAUAAAUUACCAAAUACAACCAGGUUCCUCCUCCUCGUCAUUAUCGCUUCCCUGGUCAUUGUCGGUCUAGAAGCGGACUUUGUCGUCCGAAACCCCGAUAAGAAGACCAUCGAGCACCUGUACAUGUAUUUUCUGAUGGAGCUCGUGUGUUUUUUCAUCUUCUGCUAUGACAAAGCACAACUCCCGCCCCACUCAUUUGUCUUGCAUUUGUAGCAACAGGAGAAACCAUCUCAAAACUGCAGCGCUUGCAUGACAAAUCUGCUCCUGCUUCCAGAACUUGCCAUGCACACGUGGCCAAAAGGCUCAGACAGGAUUUGGCACUUUUGCAUGACAAAUGGGGCUGAUGAGGGGUUGUGUACUCUCAUAUCUGCUUCGAAGCGAUUUCCCGGUUUUCCAUCCUCGGCCUGUGCUACUUUGCGGACUUUAAGUGGGCGACGGUUGCGCUGAUGCUGAAUGCCUUAGACGUGUACCAUUUCAUAUUUAUUGGGUACUUUGGGGGGUUUAUCAAAUGUAAAAAUGUCUGGGUCUGGAAGAGUCAUGCUGUUUUUGCAUGACACAGAAGGUCUGGCAUUAGAGGUCUAGCAUCACAGGUUUCGAAAAGCUUCCGCAAUGCCGAAUCCGCAUGACAAAUCCCCUAUUUUGCUGACCGAAAGUGGGCAGCUUUUGCUACGUAUGCAUGAGAGACUUUUCUGUGUUCUGAAAUACGCAUUACAAGUUGCAUGACAGGUUCGUUUUAAAGCACUUCGUCUGUCAGCAUUUGCACUUCGUCUGACAAAAGCACUUCGUUGUGUAAAGCACUUCGUCGAGGACGUAAAAUCCAAGCUCUUCGUCAAAAGAAAAACAAAAAACUCAUGUAACUUAUAGGGGCAGAUACUUCAACAGUUUAGCAGUGUGCGGGGGGGUGACUCAUGAGGUCCCCCCCCACCCGCUGUGCCCAUAUCAAAAAACACACAGGGAAACUCGUUUUUUCUUUUCUUUCGUACAGCAAGGGGAUAGCAUGGGUCGUAAGUCGUUUAAGGGGGAAAAAGAUGCCUAAGGACUGCAGUAGAAAGAGGUAAUUUUGAGAUAGAGAUUACAAAGUAGACGAUAUAGAAACAUUAGUAAAACUGUAGUGAAGAGUAAAGUGGUGGUUUCGAUUUUUUCUUUUUUCUCGCUUGUAUACAUAUGUAGACACUAAGUAAUGAAGUAAGAAAGAAAAAAGAACAGAUAUGGGCGCAGAAGUGGAUCAGGAGGACCAGGGAGGGCAGGUGAAGGUGGGACUACGAGCAAGAAUUUGGAACGAGAGCUUGCAGAACGACGCCGAGCUAGAGGAUGCGCUGUGCCGACACCUGGAAGAAAAACGAGACAUCGGGGACCUGCUCUGUGUGUGCAAGUGGUGCUACCGGGUAAACAUGGCGAGGGAGGUCACGCACAAGCACGCAAAAACGAAGCACAACAGCCACCAGCUAACCUGCCCGGAAAGAGAUCGAGAUGGAGACGCAGGCACGACUUCGGAUAAAAAGGUACUGGCAGAAAAUGUUUUUAGAGUGGUAAGUGUAGCAAGCACAACAGAGCCACUAACUACAACGAAAAACACGAAGUCAAAAAUUAUGGAGACUGACAUUUUUUGUGACGAAGUGAAGCCGCGCAUGGUGGACAUAGACUGGCUGAACAAGCCAAAAAGAGACCAAAUGAUUGCCCCACACGGGAACAAGGGAGUGUUCGCGUGUGGGCUCUGCCAGGUCUGUAAUGCUGACUCCUGCGAUUUUAUUGACAGGCAUACGCACACCUGUGUGCGUGAGUCGGCAAAUUCCCGUGCAGCCUUAGCAGAGGGAAGAGCCCGCACACAAUGCAGGCGCUGCAGCGCCCAUGUUGCCUGUAUGCGAUCCCAUAUUUUGGCGCAUGAGGCCCUAGAUAGGUAUAGCUAUCUUAGCUCGAGUAAGCACUACGAGCUAGGAACGCUAGCAUGGGACCAAAAAGUAGCGCUUACAAAUUGCAUUCUUGAUGAGCCACUAUGGGGGCAGGCGGUAUCCUCGUCGAUGAAUGUUCAGUCACUAAGAACAAAAAACGUCGACAGCUACAUCUUGAAAUAUGUGGAAGACAUUGAGCCGCAUUUUCUGGGGCUGGAUGAAACCAACCUUGACUCGAUAGAUAAGUCAUGGCUGAUUCACCAGCUUAUUGCCCUGGGGUAUCACAUUAUCUUCUGCCCACGGAAGCACGAGGGGGGUGAUGCAAAAAAGAAGAGAAAAAGCGGGUCAUCCAUUUUGGCAGUUAGAUCUAGUGUAAGGCUAGUGAAAAUACUAGAAGUGGACGACGUCGAUGGGUGCGAGAUUAUUCAUGUCUUGGUGGAAAUGAACAGCGUUGUAUUUGAAGUCAAAAAGCUUUACGCCAAGCAUGCAAAACUAGACGCAACACACCUAGGGAUAGGAGCGGGGAUUAUUAUUGGGGACCUGAAUGCAAGGCACUUGAACUGGGACUACAAAAACAACCCAAACGGAACAACGCUGACAAAAUGGCUAGAAGGGGAAGAGGGUAGGGGCUUCUGUUGCGCUAAUGUGAAAGGGCAGGCAACGAGGGUACAUGGUGAAUGCGCAACAGCGCCAGACGUGAUGGUUUUCGGCAAGGAGACUUUUGAAAAACCAAGGUUCGUAACGUACUUGCCAUACAACUUUGACGCAAUGGAAACGGAGACUAGCGAUGGAAAACAAGCAACCCAAAUCCUUGAAGGGGGAAAAGGAAUAGCAGAAGAGAAUGAUGCGUGCUCAGAAGAACACCUGCGGAAGAAGAGAAAGACAAACAUUGGAGCCGUUGACGCAGAUACUAGUCAAGAGCAGAAUAGUAUUAGCCCAGACGAGGCUGAACUAGAAUGGGAAGGGGUUUUUGAGGUAAACAAGGAAAGAGCAGAUGAACGUGCGUGCUACGUGCGAAUCUCCAGUGAAGAUGUAGCGGGGGUUGUUAAGAGCGGCGGUCUAAUAGUUGACGGCGUCGCAGAAGGGGAGAGCCUAUGGAGCUGGGGCCUGGAGAAUUGCAAGUUUUCAGAACAGCUUUCUGAUCACUGCAUGGUGGAGCUCCGCCUGAGCAUCAAAGGAGCGGUGGUUGCCUUGCCAGAAGUGGCAAGCAUUUUUGUGCCGGAAGUAGACGAAGAAAGACACGCAAUGCCAGCGGAGCUGGAGCAAGAAGUAGGUGGGGAAUAUGGGGAUGAUGAUCGGGAUGAGCCGGGGGGGGGAGGGAGCGACUGCAACUACACCAGCAAGCUUUUGAAGUUCAAGUUUGAAAACGGAAUACCAGUGAAGGAACAAACAUGGGUAACGGCGUACAAUCGGGAUCUUCGUGAUAGACUUGCAGACCACCCCCUGAUGCGGAAGAACUGGCAGAAGCGGAAAGUAGGGCUGAUUCAAAACGAUCUGAAGCUGGUAAAGGAAGUAAUGCUAGAGGUAGCAAAAGAGCAUCUUCCCUGCUCGCGGGGAAGGAAGGCUACAGAUGCUACUAGUGAUGUAAAGGGAACACAAAAGCGGGCACGAAAGAAACCAAAAAAGGACGAGAUAGGGCGGGGAAGGGAUUCAGAUGCAGAAUUGGACCACCUACCACCAAAGGAAAGGUGGGAACACAUCAACCAGAAAAUAAGAAGAAAGAAAAUUUGGACCACCGGGGGUUUUCCCUCGAAGCUGGUCAAGCAUGACAAAGCGGCCAUCUACUUCAAGAGGGCAACUGGAGAAGAUAUCACGGAAAAAGGAAACCAGAGCGCUUUGCUGUGUCCACCGCUUACCCUGAAGGAGAUAGAAAGACGAACGAACGAGGCAGCUAUGAAAGAGAUAAAGAAGCGGAAAAUAACAGUAGAGCCACUUCCGGGCGAAGCAGUUGACGACCACGACGAAAUAGUGAACUACUUCGCGGCCCAAUACAAAGGGAGACCGCAACAGGUCUACAGCAAGAACGGCUUUGAAGUGCCAGAUGAGAGCGAGUGGAAAAAGAAAACCUUCAAAGAUACGCGAUUGAAGUCGCGCCAGAAAGCGAAGGAGGGGCAAUUUUGGGAGUUGACCAGGACAGAGUUUGCGGCGGCUAUCAGGAAGCUGGAAUGUAACAAGAGUCCGGGGUGUGAUGGGGUUACGCAUGAGCUGGUCAAGGCUUUGGAUGGGGUAGGAUGGGAGUGCUUAUUUAGGUGCUACUACGUGUUAGUCAAGCACAACGCAUUUCCGGAAAUAGGGCGGGAGAUUAUCCUAGCACCUGUAGGCAAGACAGAAGAGCAGGCUUUCUCAGAAAGUUUGUUUCGACCUGUAAGCUUGUUAUCAGUAUAUGCUAAGGUGUGGGAACCGUAGCCAUUUUGGCUCAAGAUCCCCUACCGGUGAGUACCCCGCCGUAGGGGUAGGCCUUCAAUGUUGGUACACACCCUCAGUGCCCUUUGGAAAUAGUUGAUUUAGAUUUUUUGUGUAAGAUAAAACGAAACUACCGAUCAUAAAGAUGUUCCACAAAUAAGAUAGAAAAGUCGAAAGGUUCUGACACUGAAAGCCCGAAAACAAUUGCGAAGAUCGAACUGUGCUCCCUUUUUUACACUCUUUUACGUACGCCCUUUUUUUUUGACCGCUCAAUAGAUUUACCUCUCUCUGACGCAAUAUACAAUUCCGAAACGCCGUUUAGGUUUUUGACUUGAUUCGCACAACAUCAACACACGUUGCACAUUUCGGAACUCUUUAGUUGACCUCACACGCAUUACAAAUUCGAAGUACUCCACAUAGACACCAUGGCAAAAGGAGACCCAAAAAACCAUGCGCCUCGCGGCAGCUCGCCAGCCGGAUCCGCCAAAGGGAAGCAGACCAGUGACAAGGGCAAAGGGAAGAAGAAGGGGAAAGGCAAGGCCACCACCACUUCUUCCACCUCGACAAAAGACUACGACCGCCUGAAACUGGACGUGGCGCAGCUGAAAGCAAAUCACAUUUUGAUGGUGAAGGGUUUGGAAGGCAUCGAGACCUUCUCGGAUUGGAAAGAGCGCAAGCUCGAGGAGGAGCAGGGCCUCGAAAUUCCGAACAUCACGAAAGCGAAAACGCAGAACUCGCCCGGCCCGCUACGCGUCAAAGCUGCCGCCAGCAGUUCCAGCUCUAGCAACAUGAAAAAACCCGCCGUCACUAUUGAAGACCCAAUCACGCACAUGGAGGCGGGGGCACGCUACGCGCUUUGGAAGGACGGCAUUUUGAAAAAAUGCGCUUCGGCCGCCGGAAAUGCAUGGGUUCACACGGGCGAACCUCUCCGAUACCUGGAAGAACAGGACGACGGCAAGAUGAAGCUGGUCGAGCACAAGACGAUGGUGUAUGGAGACAGCGACAAGGAGGAAAGCUACCGCCUCGCCCAGGAGAUGAAGGCUUGUUUUUCCGCAAUCAAGCCAGACCACGUGCGGACGAUCGCCGUCCACAAGAGCGGGUGGGUGGAGAUCCUGUGCAAAGGCAAUACCAAGGUCUUCGACCUGAACUGCUUAGUGCAAUCGAGUUCCGACAACGUAACCAAGAUGUACCUGCAGGACCUGCAGGUGAAGGAGUACAUCGUGCGCAGCGCGAAGGACUUCGAAAGGUACAUGCGAAAAUUGCAGAACCGCGCGGACAAGGACCUGCAAAAAGCCAGCGAAGCGGAAACGCAGGGCGGGCAGGAGAAAGAACAACAGAACGAGAACAAAGCGGGCGAUGAGGAAAUGGACGAUGAUGAUGAACAGAGCCCCUCGGGUUCCCCGGCGGGCGACGAGGAAAUGUUGGAGGAGAUGGAAGAUGGGCAGGUGCGCGUGAAACGGCGCAAGAAGAGCAAGGACAAGUCGAAAAAGGACAAGAACAACAAGGGGCUGGUCAAGAAGGAUACCGACGCCAAGGACGGAAAAAAGGCGGCUCGCAUCGAGAAGCGGGUCGUGCUUGGUGGCGCGGCGGUAGCGAAAGGCAUCACGGGACGCUCCCCAGGGGGCAUCUCUGGUGCUGGCGGGCAGUAAACCUUCAUCUUCAUCACAGAAACUAGAAAGUAAUAAACCAGGGCGAGUACGUGGACGACCUUUCCUUCUUGCAACCAUGAUUUGAACCGAAAACAAGCAGUAACUUUUUCCAACGACCGGAGAACAACGACGAGCAAUCUUUACAACCAAUUAAGAAAACACUCUUUCCCCGAAGGCGCGCGGGCGAAAGACAAAAAGCGGGGCGCCGUGUGUGCUCUGCUUUGCAUGCAGUUGUGCAUUUGGCACAUUAAGAUUUGUGUACGACAAACUUGAAGAAGCAGUUUAUAGCAGUCAUCGAAGAUAUCUCCACUACCGGAAAUCCGGUAGUUUCUCCCGUUUGCGGGAAACCAAAAAAGGAAGACUAAGGGCUAACAGGGGUAUCAUUGCGGCACACGUGAUGCCCUCGCAGUAAAGCAGUUUUUUCCGACUUGUGUGUCGCUGGGGACGGAUCGCCAAACCGAACCCGGAAUUGCAGGCAGAAGCAUUUGUUAUCAGCACUAAUUUUUCACUCACGCAGCUGAGGAGUCAACCUCAAGAAAAAAUCUGAUUGAAGAUUGGCGUUUUUUGCACAGAAGAUUUGAAGAAGCAGUACGUAUUUGGGAGGAGCUCACCUCCAGAAAAAAGCCCGGGAGUUUUUGUGUGUUCGCAGACCAGCAUCGGGAAUUUUACCGGACACAAACAGCUGCCAAGACCAGAGCGGAAUUAUGGCUCAAGGAGGCAGUAGCGCCUCGCGCAGGAGCAGUAGCAUGCAGAAUAGUUUUAGGCCGUCGGGCACCUCUCCACACGCAGUUGCACCGCAGUCAGCUCCCACGCCGGGGGCGUUCCCUGGGGUAGGCAGCAGUGCAGGCCGACGCGGCGCAGCCGGAUCGGCAAGCACCGGCUGGGGCGAGCCCGGCCGAGACUGGGGAAGCAAUGCGGCAAAACGCACUUUGCGCUUUGGAACUUUCAACGUCCUAACGCUAGGACGCCGAGAAGAACAGCGGGAUAGAUGGCCCGUAGAACUGCUGACGUUGAUAGAAGAUGCAAAGCGACAGGGACUAGACAUCCUGCUUUUACAAGAAACAAGAAUUCGGGCAUGGCUUACGGGGGAGCAGUGGCCAGGCGGUUACAGGGCGUACGGGGGCGGCGCGUCCCCAAACGCCGCCGGCGCUGCGAUAGGGGGCACCGUUAUUCUAGUUCGGGCGGGAGUCCGGGUGGCAGACGUAAGCGUGGAGCAGCAGGAAAGAAUGAUGCGGGUCAGCAUCAAGUGCCAGUACGGAAAAAUGCUGCAUAUCCUCAGCGUCUACGCCCCGACAAACACCGCCGACCCAGAGAAGAAACAGAAAUAUUACGAAAUGCUAGACAGGGAGCUGGGGGCCUUCAGCAAGCACGACAUAGUAGUACUCGGGGGGGACCACAAUUGUGAACUUGGUAAUCCGGAAAUAGAACUGAUCAAUGCGGGACUCCCAUACGCCGUAGGGAAAUGCGGCCUGACUAGCGACUUUGUGGUCGAGUCAGACAACAAGCAGCGGCUGCACGAGCUAGCAGCAGCGCGGCAGCUUGUUGACCUCUCCAGCUUGCACAAAAAACCGUGGCGGGAGCGGUUCACUUUCACCGGAAAGUGGACAAGCGAAGAAAGACGACAAAGGGAAUACGACCGGUUCCUCGUAUCCCACCGAGAUCGCGGCCUCUUUCAAAAACUAAAAGUGAUCAAGGGCACACUCACACACAGCGACCACCGCAUGGUGGUGAUGGAGAUGAAACUUGGAGCAAUAAAAAAGCCUUCCUCUAGAAAAAUUCCCCCGCAAAUAAUUCGAAGCAAGGAAAAGGCAGAACAGGCCAGCAAGCGGCUGGCGGUCAAGUACACGCCCGAGGUGCUUGAACAAAUCGAAAACGGUCCAACAAGUGCAGGGGCUUGGUGGACGGAGUUCGAGAAAGAUCUGGGGGCGACUCUGGAGAAACUUCGCAAGCUCGCGCCUGCGAGUGGGCCGCAAAAGCCAUGGAUAUCGGAAGAUACUUGGAACAAAAUAGAGGAACGAAGGAAGGCCAAGGCUAGCGGCGCCGGCAAAGUUACCAAGCUGACAAGGGAGAUCAACAAACUAGUAAAAGCCGACAAAGCCGCAUGGGUACAGAACAAAAUAGAAACGCUGAAACAGGCCGACGCGUGCGGAAAUACAAAAGUAGUUUUCGACACAGUGCGGCAACUGGCGGGUAGAGGCCGGAAGCGGCCGCAGGAGUUGCCAGGCCCGGCCAAGGUCUGGACAGACUUCUGGGGCGACAUUUUCGGCAAGCCGCGACCACAGCCGCCGGACGAAGUCCGGCAAACAAAAACCUGGAAGCGGUGCGAGAGAGAGAUAGAGAGAAACGAGCCCGGGCCAACGUGGUGCGAAGGGCUGGACGCGGUCCCGUCGCGGGAUGAAGUGGCCGCAGCGCUCAAAGAGCUGAAAGCGGGCAGGGCCUUCGCCGGCCCGAUCCCGGCGGAAUUCGCAAAAGAAUGCGACACAGUCAAGUCGGUGCUGGCGGCCUUGGUGCGUCGGAUCUUCGCGGGGGAAAAAAUCCCGGAAGAGUGGGGCGAGGCGGUGGUCGCCAUGCUCCACAAGGACGGCGUGCAGGCCAACCCAGCAAACUGGCGCCCGAUCGCGCUGAUCACACUCGGCGAAAAAUUGCUCGGUCUCGUGAUUCUUCGCAGGAUCGAAGCAGACGCAGGCAAAAAGCUGGACCCGCGACAAAAAGGGUGCCGGCGCGGGCUGUCGUGCAGACAUGCAGUUUUCGAACUGCUGCGCGACGUGGAGCGGUCUAACAAAGAAGGGAGGCGGGCGCUUUACGCGUUCAUAGACUUCCAGAAAGCCUUCGACUCGCUGUCGUGGGAUGUAAUGUUUACCGUGCUCCGCCUGCAGGGCGUCCCAGAAAACAUCUGCAGAAUAAUCUACAACAUGUACGAACAAAACGCAAAAGUAACUAUACGACUAGGCGAAGGCAAACACGCCCCGACUUUCCGACAGCGGUCGGGAAUUCGACAGGGGUCAGCCCUCUCCCCACUCCUCUUCGCCAUAUGCGUGGACUGGGCUCUCGCACAGUUCAUUGCAACAAUGGUGGAAGAGCAGAAGUGGACACGGGAGCAGGCAGAGGCCCAGGCGUUGGCGUGGCUCGGCUACGUCGACGACCUGGUCGUGAAGGACAGCAACGCCAAAGACCUGGAGUUCGCACUCCAGGAGCUGUCUAGCGCGUGUCGCUUUAUCGGGUUGGAGUUGAACACCAAAAAGACGAAGGUCCUGGCGGUGAACCCAGAAGUGGAGGAAAGAAAAAACCCGAGCGCAAAAAUGGAGCGAUGCCAGCACGACGGAGACUGGGGGUGGAUGAUAGAAUGGAGCGGCAAGGACUGGAACAACCAGUGGAAAGAAGAAGCAGGGCGACUAAAGAUGGCAGGCCUGGGGGACCUGGCUCCCACCCACCUGGUGGUGUGGGACACGCCGUCAAGAGGGGUAACAGCAGUAACACUGAAACAGAGCGGCUGGGCACUAACAAACGAGGGAGAAAGCAUCAGGUUGAUGCGGCUAGGGCAGAUUCGGCAUGUCAUUGCCGAUAAAAACGCGCACGAAUGCCCGAAGUGCGGAGACAUCCUCCCGGAUGCCACCGCACUUCACUUCCACACAGCCACCGGCUUUUGCAGACCUAACAAAACGAUGCAAGAACUGCGCACGCUGCGGAUCGGGCGGCAAGUAGAACAGAAGAACAAACAAGCACAAAAGCCCACAGCAGUGCAGGAGGGGAAACCGGUGCGCCACCUGGGCAAAGCCAUCGAACAGGUGGCAAGCUUCAAGUACCUCGGUACGGAGAUAGCCCUUGACGGAAGUACAGACGCAGAAACAACAAGACGCUGCGCGAUAGCUCUGGGGGUAGUGCAGCAGCUCUCGCCGAUAUGGCGGGACAAAACAAUCCCUCUUUACCUGAAGUCCGACCUGUUUCGAUCCCUGUCUCUAUCAGUCGCCAUGUAUAACUCGGAAUGCUGGGCGAUAUCUAGUGCGGCAGCGACGCAGCUGCGGCGCUACCAAGAUAGUGCGCUGCGGCAUGUGCUAGGCGGGCACUACAAAAACCAGGAGAAGAACCGCCUGCAGCUGUGCACCGAUCUCGGUGUGCAGCCCCUAGAAGUAGAAGUUGCGACCAGACGUCUAGGUUGGGUCGCCCACACGUGUAGAGGUGACGAGGCGGAGGGUUCCGUCUCGCGCAUAGAGAAGGAACUUUUUUGCAAAUCGAUAUGGGGUCGCCAGCUAGAAGACGACUUUUACAUGUUCGGGCUCACAAUGCAAACGUUAAAAGAAACGAAGCCAACAGCAGUAGCAUUACGAGCGACACUAGCAAAACGGAAACCGGUCAAGCCGAUAAAGAAGCAGAGAGGAGCAGUAGCGGGACGCCCAAAAACGGAAAAAAGAACAGCAAUGGAGGAGGAAAGACAGCGGAGAUUGGAACAACAACGACGUGAGACUGAUGAAGCAAACAAAAAAUUGCUAUCGCAAAUAAACGGGAAGGUGUGGGAGAAACAGUCCAGGUCUAAGUACAAUUUUUCUGUCUUGGCAGACAGUGGCGAGCGCAUAAGUUUCCGGGUAACAAGCUUCUUCUUCUGUGAAAACGCCGGGAUGGAAGAAGCAACAGUACUGGGCCACACUUUCCAACAGAACAACGCAACGAAAGCCUGGACUGCAGCCAAUCCCAUCGUGUGAGGAAAUGAGGGGUCUCCCAGGACCAAGAGAUAACAAAGCACUGCACAUCCAUGAUAGAACCCAACGCGGAACUAACACGAAAAGCCACGGAUUUUAGCAGUAGUCAGUCAGUCAGUCAAGGUGUGGGAAGCUAUACAAGAUAGAAGAUUGUGCUUAUGGUUAGAGGGCUACCAAUGGAAUGGAAAGAGCAGAAUUGAAAAUAGCAGCCCCAAGCUCCCGCUGUACUCCCUAGCAUACAGAAAAAACUUUUGCAAAGAGUUUGGGGCUAUUUCAAUUCUCGAGUAUCUGUUUUCAGAAGAAGGACUGAAAACAAAAGGCAUGAGAAAAUUUCUGCUGCUAAAUGAUAACGAAGCAGGUUUUGAUGUGGUUUCACAUGAGAAAUUGCUGGAGACAAUGCAUGAGUUAGAAGUGCCGGAGGACAUAGCGGCAGCCACAGUGCAGUGGCUGAGUUACCGAACAGUUAGAAUAAAAACAGGGAACAGGUACUGGUAUCUAUCUCCGGGGAUGCCGCAAGGCAGCCCCUACUCAGGGGGCUGCUUUAAUGUACACAACACGCCACUAAUUCAAACUAUGGCGCAGCUGAAUGAAGACGGCACACAGACGCAGUUUUCGGAUGACAACAGCCAAUGCGGAACCGGUGACAUGGAAGCAGUGACAAAACUCAAAAAGGAUCUGGUGCGAACGGGCAGAAAGAAGUUCAUAUUUUUUGAAGAGACAAAGUCUGAAGCUGUUUUCUAUGAUGUUGGGGUGGAUAAGAAGGUAGAAGUGAGCGAAGCAAGUAGGUCCUUGGGGUUUUUCUAUGAUGGCACAUGGGAUUUCUCCUCCCACUAUGAAAUCAUGCGAAAGAAGAUGAUCCAGGAGAACACAAGCGUAGCACGAUUGAAAAACUUAAGACUCACCGCAAAAAUCGACACCUAUGUCUCGAUAGUAUACAGCGCGAUACUAUCGAAUAGCAUCCCGUUUUUUCACUAUUUCAAAAAGCAGAACAAGCUGCAGAUCAAGAAAGACACUGCGAAAUUCCUGAAGGGGCAUGCUAUGCUACCCAAACAAACGCCAAACACGAUUUUGCAUCAUUGUGCAGGAAUUCCGGACAUUCACACGCUCUUCGUAGUAGAAAACUUGAUGCUCUUCUACAAAGGCGCGCAGUUGAAGCUAUGGCCACGACAAAAAGAGCCAUGCGAAGAGGUCAAGGCUAUGUUCAGGCAGACAGAUAGCAGCGACCCAGCAAAAUUCUUACUAGGCAUGGACAAAAAGCAUGCAACGUGGACAGAUACCAUUCGGCACAUGGCAAAAACGGGCUUUCCUGAUGUGCGUAGUCAUUUUGGUCAUGAGAGACUGUAUAUCGGCAAGAUUUUUUGGCGGGGCGUAAAUCUAGAUGCGAAGUCCAUGGACAGGGUUGGGACGGAUAUGGGCCUGGGGAAGCUGUCAGGUAAGCAGGGAAAAGAGCUGGACGAGGCACGGGGAAAGGUAGCACGGGCGCACAACGCACUAGUGCGGGGGCUAAUACGGAAGUCCCAGGGGAAUCUUGUCACGGCAACGGAUGGACUGGUGGACAAAGAAAGAAAUUUAGGAGUGGGGGCGGGGGCAAGUUGGUGGUGGGAGCCGGUUGGUGAUGAUGGGACGGGGAAGCUUCGGGCAGAAGUGGGGGAGGACGAGUUACCAGAUCCGAUUUGGAUCUCAGGAGCAUAUAUACACUCACCGCUGAGUGAUAUUCCAACGGAUUCUUUUGAUGCAGAGUGCAUAGGGCUAAUGCAGCAGCUUGAAAAGAUAGAACGCCAAAUCCUAACACACCCGCACUUGAGUAAAAUGCUGAGGAACUUCUAUUUUUUCUUAGAUAGCAACUCCAUAGUGCAGGCACUGGAGUGCUACAACGACGGUAGUAAUGAGAUGAUCCACAAAAUUAUGAAGCAGAUGGAAAAACUAAAAGACGCAUGCAUUGGGGAGGGGCCGAACGAGGAGGAAGAGGUAUGGUUUCACUUCCGUUGGACACCCGGACACGCGGGGCAGCUGGCGAACGAUUGUGCGGACCUCCUAACGAAUAUCUACAAAGAAAUGUGGAAAGACGGGCACCAGGACUUUUCGGACACAGCGGCGCGGCCGAUCUACAAAAAAAUGAUCACUGCGCCGAUCCUGCGGCGGCUUUUCCUGAAAAGGAUCCUCGCGCAGAACAUGGAAAAUUGCCAAUCCCCCUCGGAGUACUUGCGCGAGCGCGCGAAGUCUUUGGGGGGGUUCCGGCCGCCCGUGGGUGUCUUCCCGAUACGCGAGGCGGAGUUGGUCUACUUCUGGGUGUGGUUGGGAAUCGCCCCCCAGCCACACUUGGGGUGUGAGGAAAUCGUUUACGAGGGAGGGAAAAUGAAACAAAGGUGCAAAAUGUGCAACAGGCUGUGCGACUGCGCAGUUGAUCACGCCCUGUUUGAGUGCAGGAAUGUAGAGGCGCCGCGCGCGCGCCAUUUUGGCUUUAAGUUUUGCGCGCCCACCUUGGGGAGGGAACUGCUUCAAAAUCCCAGAAAGAUCUUGAAGUUCAUAAUAGACGAAGCGACAAAUUUGACACAUGAAUAUUUCCGAGACAGAAUAGGUAGCUGCAUCGAGCAAGUCGGGACGAAAAUGGAAAAGGAAGUAAAAAAGCAUGAAAAGCUACCAAAUUCAUAUGUGAAGGCAUGCAGCAUGAGCAAGGCAAGAGUUUUUACAGAUGAGAUACCACUGAAAUACUUACACUGACACUAGAGCAAUCUCAUGAAUCACAAAAACAAAAACUCACAGGUUUAAAUAUACGAAAAACAUGUUUUUUUUCUUCUCCUUCAUUAAGCAGUACAUGUAAAAAGCAACGGAAUAUAACGAAAAUCAAGCUGGCGCACGGAGCCGAGGAGAAAACAGAACGCGGGAAAAUAGAAGUUGCCAGGUACUAACUAUGAGCUUUUUGAUAAAUAGAAAUAUGAAAAAUACAUAAAUACUUAGGAAGAGUAGAUGUUGAAGAACGUGCAGGAAGGAAUUCACGCGCUCGACCACACUAAGCGGCUAUCUUCUCUUAGAAAGUAGGGCGGCAGGCUCCAUUUUUCUGACACUUUGUUCGCGCGCCCAGCACGCCUUGUCCCCCUGCUACGAGGCGUUUUGGGCUUCGACGUUAGACCGAAGCGUACAGAUAUUGAAUCAAAAUUCUGUUUCUUGUACGGGCAGCCUGGUUCACACCUGACUCCAGUCCCAAGAGAGAAAGGUAGUCGGGACGGCGGGUGGCAGGCUUCGUUUACCUGGUACUUUGUUCGAGCGCCCUGCACGCCUGGUCCCGCUGCUACGAGGCUUUUUCAGCUACGACUUUAGACUGAAAAGUACAGACUUUGGCGAAAAAGUCUGUCUCUUGUGUGGGCCGCCUGGUUCGCGCCUGUAUCUAGUUCCAAGUGUGAAAGGUAGUCGGAACGGAAGAUCCGACGCCGACCUGCUUUCUCCCCAGGGUGGGGUGAAGGGAGGCCCGCGACAACCUCAACGGCGAGAAGUACGUGCACGCAGCCCACGCAGCGCCGACGCUGGCGCCCCCAGCCUAUCUCGAGCACGAUGAGCACGGAAGACGCGACCGGGGCCUACCCGCCGCGCGCGAAUCUCCCGCUACCACACGGGAGGGUCGCCGGCAUGGACGACCGCCCAAUUCGCCUGGUGCCCACAGAGCCCUGCAGGGCUGGGCGCGCCCUGGUACGCUCCUCUCGCGGCACAAGCUCCGGCGCCACCAUGCCGCGCCGCGCGACGUAGCUGUCGGGGGCUUCUAACAGCUAUCACGCGAUCGAGUUACUGCUUCGGAAAUCGAGGCCACAACAAAAGACAACGACACUGACAGUGCGAGACUCCCGCACUAAUGUGAUUUACUACUUAUUUAAAUAUCAUGCGUGAACACCUCUACUUCAGCAUCAAAAUGAAAAUUGAAAAUGAAUGCAAAAAUCUCCUCCAGGUCCCUAACAGACGAGCGCAGCCCGCAUGAGAAAACAGUAACUGGCUUCCCCUUCGACAGUCAGAUCUUGGCGACUUCGAGGCUUACGGCUGACACCCUAGAAUAAUUUGUACCAAACAGCCACGUAGCUUAAACUUGUACUUAGUAGGCAUCGUCGUUGCUGAGUCCCCUGACGCAAAGAAGCAAGAAAAUACUGUUUAAGACCUGGCGUCUCUGUUGACCCUUUCUCCUCGGCUUCGUUUACGCAAAACAGCAAUCGCAUCGCGCAGUCGUAAAAACUCGUAAGCCAUCGCACUGCUUUCGUUCUUCGUGAGUUGUUCUUGUUUUCACUUGGAAGAAAAAUCAAAAAACACAAGCAGGGACAGGCUGAGAAAAGGAAUAGAGUGGUAGGAGUAGAAGUUCUACAUACUUGCGCAUAGACAGAUAGAGGAGAUGGAAAAUGAUGAGUAAUGAUGUCUACCUUGGUUGUUAUUUGUCUCUCGACAUGCUGUUAAAGUUAAAUGAUCUGAGUAGUACUAGUUGUAUAAUUUUCUCCCAGCUGUAAGUCGUGUUAAGAAAAUUCAUUUUAGUAAUCACUGGAAAUUGAAUAAAACAAAACGAAUAGCAUCUUGGCGUCUUGUGCUUUUCUUCCGUUAUAUUGCUUGCUGCUAGCAGAAGAGGAUGAGGAUGCAGAGGGGAUGGAGAACUGGCAGGAACAAUUGGUGAGAGCACGAAAUGGAAAUGCCAGCUCCAGCAUCGACAUUGGAUAUAACCAGCGUGAAGGAAACGGAAACUGCAGCUGCGACGUAUCAAAUAAAGGUAGGGCCAAAGGCCACGGGAACGCCAAACAUAGCCGCGCUCUUCUUCGUGAAACGCCCACCGCUACUGGCGCGGUGGAUAUAAAAGAAAAAUCAAAAGAAAAAUCACGAGAAAAAGAAAAAUCAAAAGAAAAAUCAAAAGAAAAAUCAAAAGAAAAUCAAAAGAAAACCAAAAAAAAAUCAAAAGAAAAUCCAAAGAAAAUCCACGCGCUAGAAGCCUAGAAAAAAAAAAAAAAAAUACGCAUUACAAGUUGCAUUCUUCCAGACCCAGACAUUUUUGCAUUUGAUAGGGUUGAAGAUGGGCUACGUGAUCCGGUUCAUCCGGUUUUUCCAAUCCCUAUCGUGAGAAAAAAGUGUUUCACUGUAAGGAUUUUGCAAGUUUUGCAUUACAAAUUCGCUCUACCCAUGCGAGGAUCCGAAGGGAAAACACCGCUGAAAAUCACUUGUCUUGCAUGUGUAGCAAGACAAACACUUCAGUGAUGCAUUUUCUGCAUUACAGGUCUAGUACACGUGAAACAGUUUUUUCUUGCGAUACUCCCGGGAGAUGUUCUACUACUUUCCGCUACUGGACUAUCCAAGAAAAAAACUGUGUUUAGUGUAACUCGGUGAUGCCGAACAUGCAACAGAGUUAGUACAGUUGUCAUGCCGGAUUAUAUCCAUCAGAGCCCCCUCUCUGCAUGCGUGAUUUCACGUACUAGAUGCGCAUGCCAAGUUUUUUCUGUCAUGCGACAGCACAAAUGUGUGAUGCUGCAGCUGCUCCCCCAACAGAGCUCCACUAAUAAAACACAGUUUUUUUCUUGGAUAUGGAUCGCAAGGCGAAAAAAACCUUCUUCAUCCGGAAGUUAUCCUGUGGAAAAACGUCCCCACCCCAUAGUUGUCAUGCAAAUCCGCCAUGACAGAAAGAUUUGUAAAUGCCCAUCUCGUCCAUGACAGGCAUUUUCAAUCGUGUUUUGGCAUUUGUAAUGCUGUGAACAGGAUGAGAAAGUGGCUUUCUCAUGCGGCUUCCCUUGCUAACCAGCACUAUGCAGAUGGAAUCUUGUCAUGCGCAAUUCCUAAAACUUGGAGACUUGUGUUGCAGAUUUACCAACUUGACUAUGGGGUGGGGACGUUUUUGCUCAGGAUAGAAAUCUAGCAAAAUUCUGUCCACACUGGGGUGGUGCAUGAUGCUGAUCCUGCUCUUCGUGAACGUGAUGAGCAUCUUUUAUACGAGCAUGAUCAAAAAGGAGCACGAGGUAAUGUACACAGCGAUGAAGACGACGGGCUACAUAUGCACUGCAAAUAAGUAUCGUACUAGUACUAGAAAUCGCAUGACAAAUUUUCUCAGCAUGAGAAAUGAAAUGUGUAAUGCGGAUUUAACUUGACAAAAAAAAUUGUAAUGCAUAAAUGCGAUUAGUACGAGAACGAGUACGAUAGUACUUUUGCAAUUCAUACUACAGAUACCGCGACUAUUGGGGCGUGUCUAUCCGGUCGUUCGGAUCUUUGUUUCAGAUUGUCGUCUUCGAUAAGGGUGUCUUCGCGGGCAUAAUCCGGCCAAUGAUAGAACGCGUGCCGUUCCUGCUCUACCCCUUUUUCUUUGUGUACAUGAUCGGAACACUGGGACUGAUCCAAGUCUUGGCAGGAAGCAUCGUCGCUCUGGCGGUGUAUGGCUUGGACACCGCGAAAAAGGUACUUUCCAUUUCGACUAGUUGCCAAGUGCUUAGCUACGACCUGCUGUUCAUUUUUUGUUAUGCGCGCCCCUGCAUGCGAAAAGGAAAACGCAAUACUGAUGCGUGACUAGUAGUAGCAGGAUCACGUUGACGUUGCGGCCGCUGUGCACGAGAUGAAAAAUUGUUCUAGGUCGCCUACGAGAGCGAUUUGAAAGUCAGGCAGACGGAGAUUAUGGCCCUGCAGGAACCGAUAUGAGAGGACACAACGAGGGCCUCUUGGUCUUGUUCCUUCAUUUAAAAUAGGGCAUGAACCGCAUUACGGAAGUACUUAGUGCCGGCGAACCUGGAGCAUGAUGUGCAUCAUGAUGACAAGUUCUAAUAUAGUACCACGCCACGUGUAGAAGUAUUGUUUCCGCAACAUCAUCCGGAAUGUGUGAUGCAGAUUAUGUCAAAGGAGACAGAGCAACCGCAGUUGGCUUUUUUAUAUGACAAUAUUAAAUGAGGGAAAAAUAAUAACCACGAGUUGUGCUGCGCUGUCAUAACCGAUUAAGGAGCGGAUUGUGCACGACCAUGAACAUAUCCAAGAAAGAAACUAUGUGAGUGCAAAUCUGUGAUGCAGAAAAUGCAAAACUGUUAUACGAUUGUCAUGCUGGAUAUAGUGCGCCGUCAUAGGCCACUUUCAGACGUGUUUAUUCCACUGAUACUAGCUGCGCAUGACAGGUUUAUUUCUCUGUAAUGCGAAGCGAGUUUGUGGUGCCGCUCUUCCUACGAAAUUUGUUACACAUACACAGCUCCUUUUUUCUUGGAUAGAGCACUUCUAUGCGAAAUCGCAUUUACUCCAAAACUAUGAACUGCAAAAGUAUCGCACUUGCAUAAAUGCAUUACAAAUUUCCUCAGCAUGGGAAAUAAUGAGAAAUAAAAUUUGUAAUGCGGAUUUACCUUAAGAAAAAGACUUGUAAUGCAUGACUGCGAUUACUACGACUACGAUACUUUUGCACAGGAUAAAAACUACCUUCUGACCGACCCGCAGAGCCUCGAGGUGUUAUCAAAUGCAAAAGUGUCUGGGUCUGGAAGAAUGCGCGAUUUGUCAUGCAACUUUUCCAUGACCCACGAGGUCUGGAAUGCAGGACCUAGCAUGACAGAUUCUGUGCUAUCUCUCUCAUGCUUAUCCUGCAUGAGAAACUCCCGCCCGACUUGGUCAAAACUGGACGACUUUUGGUACUCAUGCAACACAGAUUUUUGCAUGCUUCAGAUUUAGCAUGACAAGUUGCAUUCUUCCAGACCCAGACAUUUUUACAUUUGAUAGGUGUUUGAGAAGUGCAAGUUAGAAAUGGAGGAGGUGAUUUAUGACCUGCUCAAACGUUACAAUCUCAAACGUUAGAAUCUGGGACUUGAUGUCUUGCAUAAUGAGCAUGACAGACUCGCAGAGCGUUCUACUUUCUGCAAUACAAACUUCGCCAGACUCUAGUCAGGUUUUGGACUCCGGAACUUGUCAUGCGCAAUCGUUUGGGAGUAGGUUUUUAGAUCAUGCACUUCUUGCAUCACAGAUUGUGACGUUUGAGAUUGUAACACCUGAGCAGGUUACAUGAUUGAAUUGGUGCAGAUGCUGGACAGGCUGGGGAACGGGGAUGUAUUAUCCUGAGCAAAAACAUCCCCACCCCAUAGUCAAGAUGGGAAAUCUGCUACACAAAUCAGCCAGCUUUGGUUGUUGCGCAUGACAGGUCUGGCCUCGUCGUGUGAUCCUGUUUUAGGUUGGUCAGAAGCAUCACAGAUCUAGCCUAUAAUGCUGAUUAUAGCAUCACAAAUUCCAAAACACGCCUGGACAAUGCUUCUCAUGGGUCUCCGCAUGAGAAACAUGUUGGGCAUGCGCAUUUGCAUGACAACUAUCACUAUGGGGUGGGGGCGUUUUUACAUAGGAUAUGUAUCGGUGCAGGAGUUUCUCGGGGCGUGUAGCAGGCUGCACGGCGACGUGCACAGCAAGGACGUUAUCAACUGUAAAAAUGUCUGGGUCUGGAAGAAUGCAACUUGUAAUGCGUAUUUCAGAACACAGAAAAGUCUCUCAUGCAUACGUGGCAAAAGCUGCCCACUUUCUGUCAGCAAAAUAGGGGACUUGUCAUGCGGAUUCGGCAUGGCGGAAGCUUCUCGAAACCUGUGAUGCUAGAGCUUCCAUGCCAGACCUUCUGUGUCAUGCAAAAACAGCAUGACUCUUCCAGACCCAGACACUUUUGCAUUUGAUAGACGUUUACACGGUACAGCACGUCCGAUAGUUUCUCAUGUACAUCCUCAUGUACAUCUUCAAAUAUGAUAUCUUUAUAACAUAGUUUGUACUCUUGCACGUUGUAUAAAGCAUAAGUGACAAUAGUUGUACAUGAUCCUGCAUGUAGAAGUUGUAUUGCAUGCAAUAACCCUACUACAUAAACAGCUUGUCCUUGCCUGCGACCGUCUGUCGAAUCAGCAAGACAGGCUAGCUAUGCAUUGCAACAAAUGAUAUGUCUGGGUCUGGCAACGAGGAAGAUGCUUGUCUUGCAUUCCAGCAAAAUCUUCUGUGUUGAAUGACCAGCAAAAGCGGUGCCUUUUUUCUCAUGCAAAAACGCACGUCGUGUUUGUCUUGCAAUGCGCACUACGAGAAACAGAAAGCGCGAUAAACGUUUGCUAUGCUUGGCAGCACUUGGAACAAGUGGUGCAAUCAUCCCGAGUUCCGCAUCACAAGUUUCCAGACGUCCAGGGAUCAUAUUUGCAUUCGAUACUAGCGCUGAUGCUGUCCGUAUGGAGAGAAAAAAGUUUGUCGGAGUCACUAACUUGCAGGCUUUGGAAUACAAAUUUUUUUAGCGUCGCAGCUGUUCCUUGUAUUGCAGAAACACUAGGGAGCAAAUCCUUUAUGAAGUUUGGCUGUGAUGCAUUUUUACGCAUGACAGAAAGUUUUGUAUUGCAAAAAUGCGCAUGAGUGAUCGCGACGAAACUUUUUUGUUUGAUAGUCCGACACAUUUCGGCACUUGCUCUUCGUCGACAUUUAUCAACUGCAAAAGUGUCUGGGUCUGGAAGGUUGCAACUUGUCAUGCUGUUUUUGGACUCUAAAAAAAUUUGUAUUGCAUGACCAGCAAGAGGGGUGCAGUUUGUGCUACACGGACAGGGCAUUUCUCAUGCGGAAGAUGCAUCAGGAAGCCCUCUAAAAGUCUGCGAUGCUAGGUCAUGCAUUACAGGCGUCAUGGGUCAUGAGAAAUAUGCAUGACAAAUCUUGCAUUCUUCCAGACCCAGACAUUUUGGCAUUUGAUAACAUUGUGGCGGCGCGGAUCGGUAUGCAAAGAAAAAAGUGCUGCAGUUCUUACACAUCGUGUUGCAGAACGCGCAACAAGACGGACACCCUUUGUCAUGCCGGAAUAAAGGCAUGCGAGCCUCUUUUCAUACGUGUUUUAUUCCCUUAGGAUCUUUGCAUUGUAAGUUUUCAUGAUCUCUGCAAAAGUGCAGAGCAAGUUUGUGUUGCUGAAGUUGCAUACAAAUACAAUGUAAGAACUGUAACACUUUUUUCGUGUGAUACUCGGCAAAGUAAUAAAGCUGCGACGGGAGGCGGAGGGGUUCAGGAGAUUUGGGUCUGUCGGGACGAAGAUGGUGCCGAGUAACCCAAAGUACCGCAUGCCCCCCUUUUUUGUGAAAACUUACCACCCGCUAUUUCACUGAAGAAUGCCCCCACUCCCGAAUUUGCAAAAGUUUGUCAUGCAAAGUUUCCAAAUGAAAGCUUUUUGUCUUGCAUGAAAGGAUUGCGAGCCUUUCUGAUGCAGAAUCUAGGUGCGCAAGGUGCAUUGUGCAUAACAGAUCCGGCUGCUGUUGGGCCCCUUCGCAACACAAAUUUGAGCUAUUCAGCAUGGAAAAUUUGCGAUGCUGAGGUAUACAACAAGACGGGAAAUGUUUCUAUUGGAAAGGUUUGCAAUACAAAUGCUGCCAAGUGUGGGGUGGGGACAUUUUUCAUUGUAAUACCCGCCCGCGGACUCGAUACGGGUAAGGGGGGUGUAUGGGUGA